AUGGCUUGGCCCCCGUUCAAGGAGCAAUUGUUGGCUGCCAUCGAGCCUUGGUACUUGAUGUGGUGGAGUGCACAGUAUUUCAUCAGCACUGCGUACCAAUAUUUCGUGAUCGAGCAUCACUUUCCAACUCCUUCCAACCUCAGCAAGGUCAAAGAGGAUUCCUUUGCAGCAUUUUGGAAAUGGCUGACCAGGCCAGUCAUCCCGCCUCCGGCCCCGGUAGGAUCGGGAACUCUCAUCCCUCCGUUACUCUCCAAGGCUCGUGGCGCGGUCCUUGACAUUGGCCCUGGGUCUGGAUCACACGUGACAGGGUUCUCAGAUAACCCCGCCAUUACUGGUAUCUUUGGUGCCGAGCCCAGUGUAGGAUUACACUCUGACCUCCAGGCACGCAUUGACGAUGCCCAAUUAACCGGCAAAUACCAUAUCCUUAAUAGCACGGCCGAAAGGGCACCACUCCUCCUCGCUUUGCGCAAGCAAGAUAUUCAAAUCGACUCGGAUAAGCCACUCUUCGACACGAUUGUCACCAUUCGUGUGAUGUGCUCGGUGCCUGAUUUGGACCAGUCGACCCGCGAUUUGUACCAGUUGCUGAAGCCUGGAGGUCAGAUCCUAGUGGUGGAACAUGUCAAGAAUCAAUGGACGACAACCGGCAGUAUUCUGGGAAGAUCGAUGCAGGUAAUUUACCAUCUUCUUGGUUGGAAAUUCUUUCUCGGUGGCUGCCACAUGAAUCGGGACACCGCAGCGACAUGGAAAAAAGCGGGUGCUUGGGCGAAGGUCGAUCUGAAGAGAGACUUUGAGUGGGCCCCCCUCACGUACGUUUCUGGGACGCUCACAAAGCCGCUGUGA